AUGCGUAUCCAAGAUCGCAUGUCAAGAACAAUUCUGGAAAUACUGAUUUCCAAAGACGACGUCGAAGCAAUUCAAUUCAUCCAUCUGCAACGUGGAACUCUAUUGCUACAUGACUUGCACAACAUGGAAUUUCCCCUAACCUUAGCUGUAAGCUAUCAGGCCGAGAAAUGUAUCAGUUACAUACUAAGUCUCAAACCAAACGCACAAACUUUCCUUAUACAUCGGAAAUUCAGCUGCCCUAUUUCAGCAGCCAUCCGCAAAAACGACUUACAAACUUUAACUUCAUUGGUACAGCUAGAAGAUUUUGGAUAUGUUAUAAACAAACGUAUACACAAAUCAGUAUCCUAUAUUCACCUUGCCGUUGAGCGAGCAAAGCCUCAAAUUGUAGAGCUUUUACUAAACAAUAACGCUGCUGUAAACCUACGUGACAAUAACGGAAACACACCAACACAUUACGUUAAAGAUGUUCCGACUCUUAAAAUUCUAAUUAACCACGGAGCUCGCCUUGACAUGGUGAACAAGUCAGGCGAUACCCCACUACAGACAGCGGAAAAGGAGAAAAGGAAUUGCAUUUAUCAUUACCUUCGUUUGUAUUCAGCCAUAAUUCAAGCGCGUCCACAGACCUUCUUCAACGAGCAUUUUGGAGGAUACUACUGA